AUGGCGUCUGCGGGGAUGGGGCUACGGCGGCUCCUGGUGGCCGGUUCGAAAGCGAGCAGGAGGCGAGUGACCACUUUUCUCCUACCUGUAGCUUGUCCCAGGGUUCAUUAUCAUGGGACACCGUCUUGCAACUACAUACCCCGGAGAGCUGUUCUCUAUGUGCCUGCAGAUGAUGGAAGAAAGAUACAGAAGAUCCAAACUCUCAAGGUUGAUUGUGCAGUGCUAGAUUGUGAAGAUGGUGUUGCUCUAAAUAGAAAGGCAGAAGCUAGAAUAAAAACUGUGGAAGCCCUUGAGAACUUUGACUUUGGUCAGACGGAGAAGUGUGUUAGGAUCAAUUCAGUGUCGAGUGGUCUUGCAGAAGAAGAUAUGAAGGUCAUUUUGAAAUCCAAGAUUCUUCCUACUAGCCUGAUGCUCCCGAAGGUUGACAACGUAGACGAAAUAAAAUGGUUUAUGGAGAAAUGUGCGUGGCACUUACAAGGCCGAACACUCAUAGAGCCGAUCAAUUUCAUUCCUUUUGUGGAAACUGCAAUGGGUUUGCUCAAUUUUAAGGCUGUUUGUGAAGAAACUCUGAGACGAGAACCACAGGUUGGCCUUCAUUUAGACGCUGUGGUAUUUGGAGGCGAGGAUUUUCGUGCCAGUAUAGGUUCAACAAGUAGUAAAGACACUCGUGAUAUUCUUUAUGCACGGCAAAAAAUUAUCGUCACAGCGAAGGCUUUUGGCUUGCAGGCCAUUGACCUUGUCUAUAUAGACUUCCAGGAUGAUGAUGGGCUGCGUCAACAAUCAAAAGAGGGUGCCUCAAUGGGUUUUACUGGUAAGCAGGUGAUCCACCCUAAUCAAGUUGCCAUUGUCCAGGAACAAUUCUCCCCAAGUCUUGAAAAAAUAAAGUGGGCACAGGAACUGAUUACAGCUUUUGAAGAACAUCAGCGUGUAGGAAAGGGCGCCUUCACAUUCCACGGCAGCAUGAUAGACAUGCCGUUACUGAAACAGGCCCAAAAUAUUGUUACACUUGCUACUGCCAUCAAGAAAAAAUAAUCCGCUAAAUAAACUUUUCCCAAAGAGUGAUACUAGGAGCUCUUCAAGAAAAAUUACAUAAUACCGAGGGAAAGGACAGCGCAAUGCUUCAUAUUUCAGUCGAAUUCAGAAUACAUGUCCAACAACUCUGAUCUAUUUUUCUUACUGAAUGUCAAUGAGAAUGCUAAGAUUGGAGUCUGUUUCCUAUGACAAAUGAGUUGUGACAGACCUGAAAGCAAAACUGUUUCCUUUGGAAAAGCGACCAAUUAAAAUCAAUCAGGGAUGUGGACAAAUAGGGGCUUCAUUUAAUAUUUGACUCAGAAAAUUUUCUGUGAACAGCAGAGUUGCCAAAGGAGGAAAAAGUUCCUAUCUUUCAGGUAUAUAGAAAAACCUUAUCUUUCAGGUAUAUAGAAAAGGGGCCCUUGGGAAGCAUUUUUUGUUAUACAGAAGAGAAAAGAGCUGCUCUUUGCUUAAAAUUCUAAACAAGUAGUCUUAAGAGAGGUUUUCGGUAGUUUCAGAGACUUGACACAUACAUUAUUGAAGUGAUCCAUAUAGACAUUCCUUCUUCAACUUGUGUUCCUGUUACUUUAUACUGAGUUAUACUGAAAGCAAACAUCCCAAAGGCAUAUUCUCUCUGCUGAAGAUAAUAAAAUACACUUCUGGCACUGUUCUGUGUGACUUUUAAAGGUAGAACCUCCUCCCUGACCAGAUUUCCACCUUAGUUUCUUUCAGUCUGAAGAUGCAGUGCUUUUAGAAUAUUUAAUCUAAAUUAACAAGUGUGGCCCAAUGGAUUUUGCUGCCUGCAGUAGAAAGUGCAAGCUUGAAACCAUUUAAUAUGGCUUAGUUAACUUCUCAAGAAGUUUUAAACAUUUGUAUGCAUCAAUUAGGAAUGCAAACCAUCUUCUGUAGCUUUUUUCAGAUGUUUUAGAAAAUUAAAUCAUUAGACAUUUUACCAUUUCAUUGUGCAAAGACAACGACCUCUUCCCACCUAAAUGAACACCUCUUAUUUUUCCCCAAGUGCAAUUGGAGAUUUAAUUUAUAAAUAUGUGUAGUUUGGUAAAUCCCUGUAAUCCAAGUGCCUAUGGAGAAGGGAUUUAUCAAAACUGAUUUUUUUAAAAAAAUAAAA